AUGGCCGAGGUGAACCUGGAGCUGGACGUCAUCUGCUGCAGCGCUGCGACCACCGCCUGCGAGAAAGGUGGGCAGUGGCAUCAGAAGUCCCAGCGCGUGGCGGGCCACCACCUGCUCGCGAUCGCGGUGACCGCGCUGGCGAUGCUGAAGGCGCCGCUGUCGGGCGUUUUCGAGCGGUCGGGCCUCAGCGGCGGCCUCCACGCCGAGAUUGCAGAGGAGCUGCUCAGCGUCUGUUACCUGACGCUCAUGAUCGUGUGCAUGGAGCUCCACGUGCACGGCGUGAGGGGCGACGAGCGCUGCGACGCCCGCGGCGGGCGGGGCGGCGAGCGCGGGCAG